ACUAACUAAACUCUUACGCGCUCGGCCGUCUUCUGUCGUAUAAUUUUAGUUUAGAUUACAUAUCAUCUUUUUACUACCUAUUCACUUUUCAUACCUUUGAGUAGACAUAUUUCCUUAAUAUUGCUACAAUAGCUUUAGCAUACACUAAAGAAUCCCGAACGAAGCUGUAUAAUGCUAUUCGUAGGCUGGCACAUAAUUGCGCUUUGUCGUAGUCGAUCGUAGUCGAUCGUAGUCGAUAGCAUUGUUCAGCCAUGGACGACUUUGAUCGAGACUCCAAUGCGAGCUCGGAUAACGAACACGAUGACGAUAUUAUGAUCCACGAAGCGGACGGCGAUGCUGAUGCCGACGUAGAUGUAGAUGGCGAGGACGAGAAUGACAAUCCAGAUCACGACGAAGACGACAAUGACAAUGACAACGAUAAUGAUAACGAAAAUGACGAAGAGGAAGACGAUGAUCCCGACCAACACGAGAAUGAAGACGAAGAAGACGCUCAUGACCACCAACAACCGAACGGCUUGGCUAACCCGGCCGCCACUCGAACCUCGGCUACCCCCGGUCCUCACUCUACUCCCAAGUGGAAGCCCAAGGUUCGCCCGGAAGUGCUCACCGCAGCUACGUACGAUAUUGUUCCCACUAUGGCAGCUCCCAUGGCUACUAGCAUCAAUGCGAUAGCUAUAACCCCCGAUCUUCGUUACUGGAUGACGGGUGGAAGUGACGGAUAUAUCAGGAAGUACGACGGGCCCGCUACAAUCAACGGUAAGACCCUCCUGACUGUAGCGCAGCGUCAUCCAUUCGUCGACUCUGUAACUAAGGCUGGUGUCUUGAUGUCGUAUUGGGAAAAUGCCGAGCCCCAACCUGCCCCUGUGCGACAAGAAGACUUGGUCCUCAGCCCCGUCUACAGCCUAGCUGUCCACUCCCAGGCCUUGUGGCUCCUUUCCGGCCUCGAGAGCGGCGGCAUUAAUCUCCAAAGCGUGCGUCACGACGAGGGGAAACGGAUCGCAUGUCUCAAGAAGCAUACCAACGCCGUCAGCGUUCUGACUCUUUCUCCGGGUGAGAAGAGCGUACUGAGUGGCAGCUGGGAUAAGAAUAUAUUUGACUGGGAUCUAAAUACGGGCCAGGUGGCGCGUCAGUUUGAUGGAAGUGGAGGUCAGAUUUCUGCCGUCGAGAUUCGGCCCAUGGGGGGGCAACCGAUUCCCCCGGAAGCUAGCGAAGAGGAGAUCCUGAGCGAUACGUUCUUCAGCAACAAUACGCAUCCUGGUGCCGACGGCGAUUUAAAAUUUGAGAAGGAUGAAGGAUUUGGCAUGGAUAUCGACGCUGGCGUGAACGGUAUAGGAGUCAAUGGCGUUUCUGACCAGAUAGCUAAUGGGAGAGACGCCAUGCCUGAUGGUCGAGGGAGUCCUGCGCAGGACAGCCUAUUUGGUGGCAGCCCAACAGUCGGCUCCGAUCUCUUCGGUGACAACGACGGCAUGGGCGCUUAUGAAGGGGACGAGGAUAACGAAUUUUCCCGAGCGAUGAGGCAAGAUUCGGCUCAGGAUGCCGAUGUUGCGAUAGGCAACUAUAAUAUGUCUGGUUCAGCCUUUGAAUCAGGAUCGGGUCAAGUGCUAGCCGCUCAGCCUCUUCCUAAUUCGAACUCAUCAGAACCUACUCUAUUUGGCGACAAUGCGCUCAGUUCUUUUGGGACCGACGUAAAUCUCGACCUCUCGUCUCUGUCGUCCAUGCCGGACUUUUCGCAGUCAAUAAACCCGGGCGACAGCACGUUACGAUCGCAGCUAGCAGAUAUGCCGUUGCCGCCUGCUCAGGGUGGCCAAGGGGAGUUGCCUCAGUCACCGUCCACUCUUUUCGCCGCCCCGCCCCCUGCGCAUUACGAUAUGACACAGACUUCGGAUAGUACUUUUCUCUCCGCGUCUAUUGAUGGGACCUUACGUAUUUGGGAUCGUCGAAUGCAAAAUCCCGUGGCGCGUAUUGGGAACAGGCCUGGUAUCCCUCCUUGGUGCAUGGGCGCGUGCUGGAGCCCGGAUGGCAAUUGGAUAUACGCGGGCAGGAGAAACGGUACGGUGGAGGAAUUCAGCAUACAGAAGGCAAAGGGCGGUCGCGUAGGUUGGCAACCAGAACGGGUUUUUAAGUUCCCUGGUGGAAGCGGACCGGUUAGCUGCGUUCGAUCAAUGGCCAACGGACGGCAUCUAGUUUGUGCCUCUCACGACAUUCUUCGACUUUACGAUCUUCGCUCCGAGCAUUCGUCUAAACACUCGCCGCCACCUUUCCUGAUUAUCCCUGGCCCGCCACGCGCCGGCGUCAUAUCCAGCUUAUACAUCGAUCCGUCGAGUCGCUUCAUGAUAUCAGCUGCGGGGAACCGAGGCUGGGAAGGGACAACUACCGAAGUACUGAUUGGAUACGAAAUAAACGUUCCGUCACGAUAGCAGCUGCGUUCGUAUUCAUAAUACGCGUAUGCGGAAAUGCAGCUGCCCGCCGGUAUUCCAUCGGACUUGCCGGAUCACUACUAAUUCGGAACUUUGGGAUUUCUGUGCGCGCUGAUAUCGCGAGCCUAUAUGUCGUUAUUUACACGGCCUUCUUUCUUUCUCUUUUCAAUCCGUUGAUUCAACAGCUUAUUUGGAAAAGUAGAUACCCAGCGUUUGAUUUGGAAACGGCAAAACGGAGUAAUGGUGCUUUCUACGACGUUGGCCGGUAUUCACGUUCUAAGGACUAUCACUAGAUGACAGGAUAAGAAUUGGCGACAAUCUUCCUACACAUCU